UGGCCUCAGGCGCGUUGCGUGUCACGUCGCGCGAGAUGCAGGGCUCCUCCCGCGCUGCUCUUAGACCCCUAGACGGUGGCCCAGCGGAGGAGUGGAAGGUGUGGUCUGUGGGGCUCCCUGACACCUGGUAGGCGCUCAGGCAGCUGUUGUGGGGCUGCGCGCUGGCGCUGCAGGGCGGAAUGUUAUACCCCCGAGAGAGGCCGUUGCGGGAGCGCAACAAGCUGGAGGCCUCUGGAGCUUCCGCGCCGACCUCUUGGACAUCAGGUGCGGUGGCUUCUAGGAGCAGUGUUAUCGGUGUCCGCUGCGAGAGUCGGGCCCCACCCUGGACAUGCCGGUUCCUUCCAGCUUCAACGACAUUGGCCAGGACUGGCGGCUGCAGCAUUUUGUCAGCCAGGUGUGGUAUGAACAGGAGGUGACCCUGCCGGAGCAAUGAACCCAGGACCUGCGCACAAGAGUGGUGCUGAGGCUUGGCAGUGCCCACUCCUAUGCCAUCGUGGAUGGUGAUCGCUCACACCAAAGCCUUGGACCCUUCCCGGCCUGUGACCUUUGUGACCAACUCCAACUAUGUAGCAGACAAGAGGAGGCAAGGUCUUACUCCGUUGCCCUAGCUGGAAUGCAGUGGUGCAAUCACAGCUCAUUGCAGCCUUGAGGACUGUGGGCUCAGGAGAGAGAAGGAAGUCCUGUUUAUUGUUGCUUCCAAGUCUUGCUCUGUCACCCAGGAUGUAGUCCAGUGGUGUGAUCUCAGGGCUUCUCACCAAGGCCGAGAUGGACCAGAUACUACAUGGCCUAGACAAGGUGACUGAGGAGUGGGCCCAGGGCACCUUCAAACUCAACUCCAAUGAUGAGGACAUCCACACAGCCAAUGAGCGCCGCCUGAAGGUACGACCCAUGGAGCCCCACCGCUUUCCUGGCCUCCCCUCUCCACCUUGCCCGGGGCGUCAUUCUGUUUACUUCGUCAUUGGCAGACAGCAGGGCGGGAUGCUGUACCCCUGGGAGAGCCUGUUGCGGGAGCCCAAGGAGUUGGGCGGCCUCUGGAGCUUCUGCUCCGACUUCGACAACCAAAGCAGGGCAUUAAGGAGCAGCGGUACCCCUGGCAGCUGCAGGAGCUUCAGCGACAUAGGCCAGGAGUGGUGGCUGUGGCAUUUUGUUGGCUGGGUGUUGUUUGCAUGGGAGGUGAUCCUGCUGGAGCAAUGGACCCUGGACCUGCACACAAAAGUGGUGCUGAGGAUUGGCAGUGUCCACUCCUAUGUCAUGUGGGUGAAUGGGGUCGACGCACUACAGCAUGAGGGGCCAACAUCAGCAGCCUGGUCCAGGUAUCCCAAGAGUUACUUUGUCCAGAACACAGACUUUGCCUUCUUCAACUACGCGGGACUGCAGCGCUCUGUGCUUCUGUACACGACACCUACCACUUACAUUGAUGACAUCACUGUCACCACCGGCGUGAAGCACAACAGUGCACUUCAGGGGAGGCCGAGUCGGGUGGAUUACCUGAGGAGUAGGUGCAACUUCUACAAUUGGUUUGGUGGAAAUCAAAUCCAAGUACAACUACAGCAAGGGGACCAGACCUUCUGCAAUGACACUACCCUGUCAUUGGAAGUAUAGCACCAUUUCUUUCAGCACUCUGUGUCACUGCAAACAGAACCAGUCUUUGGAAAGACACCACAAAGCCGGAAGUAUGGACCCAUGUGCCACUACUUUUUUUUUUCGCUUUUUAGCGAGAAGCCAGGAGCUGAGAGUUUACACUUAAAGGCAUUAUUCUGUAUUGGGGAGGAGCUGUGUCCUCUCAUUUUACUCCAGACCUUUUGCCUGAGCAAAGCAUAAAACAUUUAUUCCCAAAAGUGAUACUGAGAAGAUAUGAAAGCUAUGGCACUGAAAAUUUAAACUUAAGUAAAGACUGGACAAGUGUGGGUGAGUGUAAGGGACAGAAAAAAAGUUAUAAUGGACUUAACCAAUAUUUAUCAACUACCCUUAGCAAAAUCUUUCAAUGUGUUGAAUGUAGCAAAGCUUUUAACUGGUGCUCAAUCCUUACUUAAGAGAAUUCAUACAGGAGAGAAACCAUACAAAUGUGAGGAAUGUGGCAAAGCCGUUAACUGGUUCUCAAACCUUAUUCAAAAUAAGAGAAUUCAUACUGUAGGGAAACCCUACAAAUGUGAAGAAUGUGGCAAAGCCUUUAACCAGUGCUCACACCUUAUUGGACGUAAGAGAAUUCAUACUGGAGAGAAACCUUACA